AUGCCGAGCGCGCUCCUCUGUACCGUCGUAUGGCUGGCGUGGUUGACGCAAGCACAGCUCUUGCCGCCAGUGCUGCAGCUGACAACCACGUCGCUCCCGGCGAGUCCGCGCAUGGUGUCCGUUGUCGAAGUCGAUCAACUGUUUGGGUCGCCGCCACAAGGAUACACGUUGGAAGCGGUCAUUACUUGUCCUCGCAGCGUCCUCCAACGCGUCCAGGUCGUUCAAAUGACAUCUGUGGCAAACGUCAAUCUCACUACCAAUGGCUCGGUCGACGUUGGUGACCUCACGGGUCUCGUCGGCGCCGCGACAACUCCUUUUCAAAUCGCGCUGAUAUGGAUGGACGCGUGGACGACGGCACCACCCACGAGCUUUAGCUGUACGGUGCAAAGCUCGUUCGUAUCGGGUAGCGUGAUAGCAACGUCGUCUGCGACCGUGUCGGUACAAGCGACGCUGGCGCCGAGCCUCCUCCGGCUGCCCCGAGCGGUGUGGAACUUCGAGGAAGGCGACUUGCCAAUGGAAAUACCGCUCACCGUCGAGACGCUGUCUUCGCCCUUUUGGCUGCAGCUGACGGGGCCGCUCAACUGGGUCGCACAGCUCGUGUGGCAAGAUCACGUCGCCGCGACCUCGGUUCUCGUGCCGUUACUGAGCCAGCGAACGUGCGCGCUUUUGCUGGCCACCAACGGGAGCCUCAACGGGUCGCUUCUUGUGACGCCAACCGCCGCUGCGCUGGGGGCGCUUCCUCUCUCGCUGCGGCUCACUGCAUACAGCACCGCCUGUCUCAGUGCCUCGACCAUCAGCACGUGCUUGGCACUGCCGAGCCUGAAUGGUACAAGUGCCUACGCAGUGUCGAUCCAUCGCCACACACGCCUCGUCACGCCGGUGCUCACCAGCAAUGCGUCGUUUGUGCACGCCUCUGCCGAGGUACCCGCGAUCGUCGCGAUCUCGGUCACGAACCUCUCGAUGGCGCACGACGUGGUGGUCACGAUAUCGCUACCGACAGGCCUCUCGAGCUCGGGUGUGACGGGCGUAAUACUCCAAACGCUCGUUCGGGAAAGCGUUAUGUGGAACUACGGCAUCACGUGGACCUUUGCGGGUGUGCUGGCCAACGCCACCGUGGUGCUACCGAUUGACAUCGAUUCCAGCUUUAGCGGCCUUGCCGAGGUACCCAUUGCUGUGUCGAGCACCGUGGCGUCCUCGGGCCGCACCAGUGUCGCAACAACGGCCGUGGCUCUUUUGGUCUUCGGCCAGACACCACUCUCUGCACCGUUGAGUAUGCCAGAGUCAGUGACCACAUCUGGUAACGGGUCCCGCUUCGUGUCGGUGGCCAUUCCUCCAGCGGCGUCUCUUGCGCUCUGGGACCUCUCGCACCUAAAGUCGAUCGAGUUGGUCGUUGCAGAUGGCGUCGUCCUACGACCAACACGGCUGCCGACAACGGCGUCGAUCGUGGGCUUUCCGAUUCCCAGCGGCACCACGUCGGUCUUGCUCUGGCCGCGCGUGAAUUUCACUGGCUACGACACGUUGUUUUGGGCGUUCUACGACGACGCCAACAGCUUGCAGUCGCUCUCGCCAUCCAUCGUCGUCGUCGACCACGCCUUCAACGUGACGCUGCAGAGUAUGGUAACGCUGGACACGGACGUUUGGUUUGUAGCACAAUUAGUCGUGCCGACUGUUGUGCCCGUCGUCGUAUGCACCGGCGCCUCGGUGGUCGCCGACACCGAUCACCAGACGUUCCAGCUUGUGAAUCCAGCACCCGGUACGACGCUUACUAUCCUUCUUGACGCCUCGUACGUCGGUAUCUUUGGCCUUGCCGUCGUGCUCACGACAACGAACGGCGUCCAAGUGUCGCCACCGGCGCAGACAACGUUCAAUGUGUCCAUCCUAUCGCCGACGUCGCCAACAUUCACGCAAUGGAUUGCAACGACCGACGUGUCGUCUGUGCUGCUGCAGACGCCUGCACUGACGAUGAACAACACGGAAACGUCCUGCGUCGAGCUGCAUCCAAACGAUCCGGCACUCGACGUAGCGUAUGAAGUAGUUGCGCCGCCCUCCCCCUUUCUGGGCAGCGAGGCCAAUGCAUCCGUAUCGCUCGCACCCGUCGCUCUCAACUGGACUCGCUACGCCUACGGCAACGCUACACUGCAGUUGGUAUCGACCACCGUCGUCGUCUUGUGGAAACAUGCGGUUGCGGGCCAGAUCGUUUCGAGCGCAGUGCAUGUUCGGUCGCUCGACUUGUCGGUGAUUCCUGCAGCGCAAACCCCGGUGCUCGCGGUCCUCGUCCCGUACAACGACUCGGUGUGGGGACCCUGGGCGCUCUACUCAAACGACCCUCUCGUAUUUACGAUCACAGUGUCUGUGGUCGAUCCGACUACCACCCUCGCCUUGACGUGGUCCUGCGCGGCCUGCGAACGCGUCGACUUGAACUCGACGAUGACACCCAAUAUCCCGUUUCUAAGCAGCUCCAACGCUCUCGUGCUGAACGUCAACGCCUCGCUGAGUCCAAAUGCAAUGGGUAUCAGCAACCUGACGGUGACGGCCACGGCCAACUGCUCGGAUGUCGCCUGUGUACAAGUGCUGCCGGUUUCCUUUACAGUUUACCCAGCAGCUGUACCGCCGGUACUGCGCCUACAAGCUCCCUCGAGUGCCGUCCUUGAAGGCACUGCACUCGUACUGCCAAUGACGGUGCAAAACCACUCGGCGAUCGAGGCUGUUUCAGUCGCCUGCUCUAUUGUCCCAAUGGCAGCAAGUGCAUCUGGUCCUCCGCAGUGGGACGCGACGCCGUCGACACUGUCACUGCAGCUGGUGCCAAUCGGGAGCGGCGUCGUAGCUGUCACGUGCGUCGCCGUCGCCCAGAUUGCCGUCUAUAGCAAUCCGCGUAGUGUUGCCAAUUCCACCGUCACCGUCUCGUUCGUCGUCCUUCCAGUGGCCCACGCGCCACUAUUAACAGCCGCGUCGACACAGUACACGCUCACGAGUCGCUACAUGCAGUUGCCGGUUCUAUCGUCGAGCCUCGCAACUGCCCGGUUGCCUAGCAUCGACGUGUGGCGCCUGCAGCUGCACGCCCAAGCCGGUAUGUUUCAAGUCUGCUGCAACAGCUCCAACCAAAACAUCGCGCCGUCGGCGACGAGCGACGGUAUCGACACCUUUGACGUGCGGCCCACCGCGCCAAUAUACGUGGCAACGAUCGGUGCCAACGACGGCGGGUCCUUUCCACUCCGGCUCAGCAGCACCAAUGUCGUCCCGGCGUCCAAUACAUCAGCGACAACAUCGGUCAUUGUCCAAGCCAACUUUGUGGGCAACAACCUCACAGUGACACCGGUCACCAACAGCGAAGGCGACGUCGUGACGCUGACGCUCUCACUCUUUACGCAACCGCAGGCGACGCUUGGGAUCUCUAUGGUUUGCAAUGACACGUCGCAGCUGGCGCCACCGACGGCCCGAUCCAUGAGCCCCAACGCGUACACGCCGACCGUUGUCUACGCGAUGCGGACGGCGCACGAUUUCGUCGACCGCCCGACCGCGUACGUCCGCUGCCACGUGCAGUUGUCGACGUCCGACCCGUGGUACGCCUACGUGCCGAUGCCAUCCGCGGUCUUUACCAUCGGCAACAUUGAUCACUCGGCGCUUGUUCUUGUGGGCCCGACACUCGGAGGCCGGCUCCAACUGGCCGUCGGCGUUGGUGGCGCCGGCGAUGUCUUCACCGUCGCGCUGGCCACCAUGCCAUUGGGACCGGUGGUUGUCUCAUUCAACGCGACCGGGCUCGUGACGACACCGACCACAGCCGUGCUGAGUAGUACGAACUGGAACUCGCCGCAAACAAUUGUCGUCUCGGCCCCCGCUGGCCUUGUGCUCUCAACCAACCCAUUCUUCGCGACGCUUCACGUCCAUAGCUCCUCGUUGAUGGAUGGCAAGUACGCGGCGCUGCCUCCGUCGAGCGUGGCCGUGACCAUCGUCGACGCACCCGACAUGACGCCGCCACCGCGGCUGCUCUCGGCGAUGUUUGCCGACUCGGGCGCGUCACUCAUUGUGACAUUUUCUCGGGCCGUCGAUCUCUCGGGCUUUUCAGCGUCUUCGUUUGCCUGUGAUCGGGUCUUCGAAACAACGAGCUUUGGUCUUGUGCCUGUGUGCACCUGGGCAACGGCGACGACGGUAAUGAUUGGCUUGGGCGUUGGAGCCACCGUGGUUCCGUUUGCGCCCUGCACCGUUUUCGGUGGCCUCAAGUCGACAUCGACGUCGACGCUGAGUAUGACGUCCAUGACCGUGUCGGUGCAGCCUCCGUUGAAUCCGCCCGUGCCCACCGUGUCGAUUGCGGGCGCCACGUCGCUCGGCGCCUGCGACGAUCUGGUGCUGGAUGCCACCGCGACGUCGGGGUCGGGCGGGCGGCCAAUGACGUGGCAAUGGACAUGCGUCAUGGAAUCGACGCAGCAGCCGUGCAACGGCUCGUUUACUCAAAUCAGUGCGUCGACGCAGGCGAUCCGGGUGCCAGCAAAUGAGCUCGUUGUUGGCACCCAGUAUCGUAUUCAACUCAACUGCACCAACUACUUUAAUCUCUCGGGGGCGUCUGCGCUGCUCGUGGUAAAGUCCUCGAGCGCGCUGCCUUCCGUGUACGUGGAUGGACCGAGCACGGUGCGUGUGGCUUAUUCGACGGAAAUUGUCUUGUCGGGCGUCGCGGUGCCGCCGACCUGCAACACUAGUGGCUUCGAUUCCUCGGUGCUGCAGUUGUCGUGGACGAUUCUUGAGACCGCGGCGCCGAUAUCGGGGAGCCGCAACCCGCGUCAGGUCUUUUGGCCGGCGCGCAGCUUGCUGCCUGGGAAUUACACCGUGGCCUUUCGUGCAACGUCAUCCAGUGGCGGUGUCAACACGGCCGUCGCGACCCUGGAAAUCGUUCGCUCGGCGCUCGUAGCAACCAUAGUCGUUCUGAACGGAUCGCUGUCGUACGACCCCGAUGCCGUGAACGCGACACCGUUGACGUUCGCGUGGAACUGCACCAACCCGUCAAGCGGCGCGCUUCUUGCGUUGCUCAACGGUACAACACCAGUGGUCCCCAAGAGCUUUUUGACCGUCAACUUGACGCUUUUGGUGACGCUUACCGUGUCGGACGCAAACACAAACCGGACAGCCACGACAUCGACGAUCAUUGCCGUCGUUGCAGGAACGCCACCGAGUGUGGCGAUCGCUCCGCUACAGCAAGCACGCUUGAAUGCUGACGCCAAGAUUCUCUUGCACGGUAGUGUGGAGAGCAGCUCGGAUCCUGCGCCAAUCGGCAGGUGGUCGGUUGCCAACGACGCCCGCGGGCUUCUCGCGGCCGCGUUCUUUGCCGUGCCCAGUACGUCGUCGACCAUGAUACUGCGUCCUGGCGCGCUGGAGCCACAGACGACGUAUACGUUUCUCUUCACCGGCGUCGAUGCACUCGGACAGACCGCGACCGCAUCGACGACGUGGACCACCAACGCGCCACCGACCAGUGGCUCGGUGACAGUGACGCCGACGUCGGGCGUUGCGCUCACCACGUCGUUCACGCUGACCAGUCGCAACUGGGUCGGCGCCACCCUGCCCCUUCGCUUUGCCUUCAAGUACAUCCGCGGCCUCCCCACCGACGUCGGCGCGGUCGAAGUCCCGCUCUGCGAGUACGCGUUCACGACGUCGUGGGUCACGACCUUACCGGCGGGUGUCAACGGAUCGGUGACGAUUGUUGGGUACGUUGCCGAUGCGCUUGGCGCCGUCGCCAAGGCGUAUGCGACGAUUCACGUGGGCGCACUGCCCGCAGCGUCGGCGCAGGCGCUCGUCCUCGCACAAGCCACGUCGCUUGAAGCCAACGCCCCGCACGACGAUCCCAGCGCUGUGCUGAGCACCGCGACGCAGCUCGCUUCUGCGUUGCCGUCGGCGCUUCUCAACACCAAUGCCGUCUGCUUGGUACCAGGUCAAGGAUGUUCUGGUCAUGGCACCUGCACUUUGGAUCCGCCCGCGUGCCGCGCGACCGACGCCAACUGCGUUGCAUCGUGCGUCUGCACUGCCAACUGGUUUGCAUAUGACUGCAGUGCAUCGGCGGAGACGUUCCAGUACCAGCAGACGGCGCUCGGUUCACUGCUCAACGCGGUCGCGACCGCGGCCACGACCGCCAACCCAACCGUCGAGGGGCUAGAACAGCAAAGCGCCGCGCUCUACAAUAUCGCCGCCAACGCCGACCUUCUCUCGUCCAGCCAGGCAGCGCAGACCUUUGGCUUGCUGCAAAACGUGCUGGCACCGUCGUCCAUGGCGCUCCUGUCGUCAACGGCGCUCGCCACACUUGGGGGCGCGAUCUCGAGCCUCCUCGAGCUCCCUGCAACGACAGCACCAACGAACAGCGCUUCGACCGUCGUCGACAUGCUCGCAACGGCGCUCCUUAUCUCGACCGUGCCUGGCGAGGCGCCGGCGACACUCGUGACACCCAAUCUGCGCCUCGCCGUGCAGCGCGUACGUCCGGCGUUGGCGGCGACGGGAAGCACUCUGAGCGUACCGCAAACGACUGCGCAGAUCGCUCAACAAGCAGCCACGACCAGUUUCACCUUACCUACGGAGCUCCCAUUGGCAUCUACCUGCGCGCACGCCAUCGACACCCACCUCAAGUUCUUCCGGCGCAACUUGUAUGGGUCGAGCGACAACGCAUCGCUCGCAUCUGGCGUCCUCGGCAUCGACCUGUACUGCGACUAUGCGGCAGAGCCAGCUUCGGUCGCCAACCUCUCGCACCCGUUGCAAAUCCGCAUGGCCAAGCUGCAACCGCAGGCUCCGUUGGCCAUUCCGCCUCGUGUGUCGGCGUCGUACAACUGCGUCGUCGGCGGAAACGAGACGAUCGUCACGCUAUGCGCCGAGCCCACGACGGUAGCCUGCAACGGGUCGGCCAACUAUACGAUUCAGUACACGUGUCCUCGUCGCCGUCAGGUGCCGACCUGUCAGUAUUGGCAUCCCUCGGCGCAGACGUGGGCCACGGACGGCUGUGUUGUCGUUGCCGACGACAUUGACGCCAUCACGUGCAACUGUACCCACCUCACCGACUUUGGUACACAGAUUGUCCAAGCCUUGGACGCGGUGCAGCUCCAGGUCGUCGAGACGCUGAGUGUGCGCAUUACACCGGCGCUGCUCGAGGCCAACACGGCGAUUCCCAUCACGCUCGGCGUCUUAUGCGGUCUGUACCUUCUCAGUUUGCACUUGUCGGUGCAAUGGGACGCCCACGAUGCGCUGGUUUUCGCAAAAGAGCAGCGGCGCCGGCGCGACGAUGCGCAGCACCUCUACGUGCCGCCGAAACUGUACCAGCCACCGGCAUUCGUGGUCGCACCGACCCGCCGCGAGCGCCUCCGGGCCUUUUGCAAGAGCGUCUGGGUGGGUCUCAUGGACAACCACAAAGUCCUCGAAAUGUGUUUCCACUACGACCCGCACUACACGAGACCGCAACGCGUCAUGGUGCUUUUCACAGCCGCCAUGAGCGAGCUCCUCAUGAACGCGAUACUGUACAAGCUGCGCGCGCUCCAGCCGACCGCGGGCACCAUGGUGGUCAGCGGCGCCGUCUCGUCCAUCUGCAUGCUCCCCGUGACGAUUGCGUUUAUCUUGCUCUUCAAAAAGUCGGGGCGCGCGACCACUUUGUUCCAAGUCGACGCCUACGGCAACCCCGUCGACGAGUCUCAAUAUUGCAUUCGCAAGCGCGACCACCUAGAGCUCGCUGCAAGUAUACAGCCCAAAGACAUCCAGAUCGCGCUCUCGCACCUCCGUCGCGUCGGCGUCCUCGAGGCCCAUGGCGCGCCAACGCUCGCCGGCCACGUGUCGAUUGCCGUGCACUAUUUAGUCUUCAAUCGCGCCGUCGGAGCCGUUGAAUCGGACGAGCGCCACGUUCUUGAUGCCGGCGCAGAGCGCGUCGCUCGGGCCAUGAAGGACGUCGGUCGGUCGGCCAAAGUCGCCGUCCAAGCGUCCACCGAGGACGAAGCGCCGGUGGUCGAGGCGUGUACGGAGGCGGCGCUGCCAAUGCUCUUGGCCAUGUGGGGGCACAAGACGCUGCCAACGCAGCUGAGCCAUAUCGAACCCGCGGUCUUGUCCGAAGCAACGCUUCUCGCCGCAACGCAGCACUUGGACGCGGCGUCGGCGCAGAUUGCCAAGCUCCCAGUCACGUCGCUCGGUCCGAUCUCGUCGGACGAGGUGCGCGUCGCGCAGGGCCUUGUCGCAUGGGCGCGGACCGUCCUCGCGAGCGCCGAUGCGUACGUGGACGACGCGCAGGCCAUGGUCCAACGCAUGGCGACCGCCGUCGAGAACGCCAAGCUCGAGCUCCUCGAAGCGCGCGCGCUUCUAACGCACCGCGUUCCAUUCCGGCGCCGGCUUGUGCUACCCCGUCGCUCGCGUCGCUACUCGAUCGACAAACUGGCGCGCGUCCAGCGGGCGACGACGACGCUCGAGGCAACGGCAAAGCGCUUCAAGCAGACGCGGGCCUAUGCGGCGCAGAACGAGCGCGAGGAGCGGCAGCGCAUCGCGGCGCAAGAGCGAGAGAUCCUAAAGCACCUCCACGGACUCGCUCGGUACCGCAAGCGACUGCUGUUGUUCCUCGAGGCGAGCGAGGCCCGGCGACUGGCCGCGCUCCCGUUGCACGAGCGCCUGCGCUACGAAGCCGAGCAAGCCAAGGUGCGAUCGCUCACGGCGCCAGCGCGCGCGCUCUAUAACACCAUUUUGCGCCAGGAGGCGAGCCGCCUCGAAGCGCCCGUGUUCCCGCGAUGGGUGCAUUACGUUCUGUACGGUAUGUGCGCCGGCGUCGUCGCCUUUGCCGUCUACUUCGUGCUGCUCUUCUCGCUGCUCAUCGGCGCCAACGUCGCGCUGCACUGGGUCGGGUCGGUCGUCGUGGGCCUCGUCCUGACGCACCUCGUCACCGAGCCCAUCGGCGUUCUUUUGCGCGUCGGCAUCUUGCCGCUACUCGCCACCGUGCUUCUCAACAGCACGGGCAUCCUCGAGAUGCUCGGGGCCGAGACCGUCUCGUGGGGCGCAGCCGCGACGGUGGGUGUCGCCGGUGUUACACGCCUCACGCGCAAAGCGGCGCUCGUGCAGCCCGUCGACACGUCCAACUUGGUGGUCUCGUCCGUCCGUCCUGGUAAAGUCGCGGCCCAUGCACUCCAUCUGGUCCACGAACAACGGCUUCACGAAAGAGCAUCCGACCCGUCGCCCGCCGAGCUGGCCGCGGAGAUCGAGGCAGCCGCAGCAGCAGCGUACAAGGCGCGCUGGACCGCGCAUGCCUCUAGCGACGUGAAGACGCCGGUUGCGCUGCCUCCGAUUGAGCCGCCGGGACCCCGGUCGGGGCCGCCGGUGGUGCAUGUGCCAGCCGCGGGUGGUGACACUGCACUCUUUCCGGCGCAACUCCUCGUGUCGCCGGAUCUACCACUGUGCGCCGAGUAA